AUGUCACUCAAUAUGAUUCCAAUUAUCAUCAUAUUUGUGGGUCUAUUACUGGCUUCUUCUUCAUGCUCUUAUUCAACACCAAAUAACACCAGCUAUUAUAAAACUCUAACUCCAACAUCUCCUUCUCUAUCUCAUGAUUCUCCAUCACCUUAUUAUUCCCCACUUCUUAAUAAAGGGAAGAAAAAACCUCCACCAACUCCUCCUUUACCACCACCACAGCCAAUUGUUACUCCAUUUGAGUACCUCAAGAUAGUUCAAACAUGGCCAACAUCAUUCUGCAAGUUUAAAAAAUGCAUCAUUCCACCACCUACAACAUGGUUUACUAUUCACGGCGUGUGGCCGUCAAACAUCAGCGAUCCUCAGCCACGUUUGUGCACCAAGGAAAAGAUAGAUUGGUCCACUUUUUCUAGUUUGGUAAGCAUGACAGAUCUCCGUAAGUAUUGGCCACGAUUGGACACUGCUGUGAGAAACGAUGAUCUAUUUUUCUGGUCAGAACAAUGGGAUAAUCACGGUACUUGUUCGUCGAUGCAUCCACCGGACUUUUUUAAUUUGGCUUUCAAAAUUUACCAUAAAAAAGAACUGAAAACUAUCCUUCAGAACGAGGGUAUUAUACCUGGUGGUAUAAAGCCUGAAACAAGCCAGAAAAUAUUUGAUACCAUAGAGACUGGUAUUGGCGGUUUUAAACCACAAAUUGAAUGUCUAAGGGUGCAAAAUAAGGAUUAUUUAUAUCAAAUUAAACUUUGCUUAGAUAAAACAGGUGACAAGUACAAAGAUUGUCCUGGCCCUUUGAUUAAAUGUCCAAUGGACGUGUACUUUCCAUGA